GGUCCUCCUCCUCAUUUGGCCCGCAGCGCAGCGGCAGCUCUCCAUUCCCACUGAGCCGCAGCAGCUGGGGCACCAGGAGACCCGAAGACCCGCCGCGCUGCGGGACUCACCGUCUGCUGCGGGACUCUCUACCUGCCGGCCGGACAGGCGGCGGCGCGCCGCGGCUCCGCGGCCGCAGCUUUCAGCCCGCCCUCACCUGUUGCUGCCUCUGGCUGCGCUGCGGCGCAUUGGACACCUUUACGCACCGAGCGGCUCUCCGGUCCCCGCUGCUGGUCUCCACAGGUUUCCACUGGUCCUUAGUGGUCUCUCUGAUCCUGACUGGUUCCUACUGGUCCCCGCUGCUCCCCCUCGGGGCGCCAUGAGUUCCUCCACGGCACCUCCAGUCUGACAGCGCAGCGGGACGCCGGGCGGAGCUGAAGCAGUCUCUUCGGCGGGAUGCGGCUCCCCGCGCUGCUGGCCUGUCUGGCGGGCUGCGCGCUGCUGCUGCCGCCGGCCGGCCUGGCCUGCGGGCCGGGGAAGGGCCACGGCCGGCGGCGGGGCCCCCGGAAGCUGGUGCCACUGGUCCUGAAGCAGUUCAGCCCCAACGUGGCGGAGCAGACCCUGGGCGCCAGCGGCAAGGCGGAGGGGAAGAUCAGCCGCGGCUCGGAGCGCUUCAAGGAGCUGAGCCCCAACUACAACCCGGACAUCAUCUUCAAGGACGAGGAGAACACCGGGGCGGACCGCCUCAUGACGCAGCGCUGCAAGGACAAGCUGAACUCUCUGGCCAUCUCGGUGAUGAACCACUGGCCCGGGGUCCGGCUGCGGGUCACCGAGGGCUGGGACGAGGACGGCCACCACUCGUCCAGCUCGCUGCACUACGAGGGCCGGGCCGUUGACGUUACUACGUCCGACCGUGACCGCCACAAGUACGCCAUGCUGGCCCGGCUGGCGGUGGAGGCCGGCUUCGAUUGGGUCCACUACGAGUCCCGGGCGCACGUCCACUGCAGCGUCAAGUCAGAUCACUCCAUGGCGGCCAAGGCAGGCGGCUGUUUCCCUGGAAACGCCUCGGUGAUGUUGGAGGGCGGCACCCGGAGGUCCAUGAGAGCGCUGCAGCCCGGGGACCGGGUCCUGGCCUUGGUGAACAGCGGCCUGGUCUUCAGCGAGGUCAUGACCUUCCUGGACCGGGACCCGGACACGCCGCGGCUCUUUGUUAGCCUGCAGACUGCGGCCGGGCAACGACUCGCCCUCACUGCCGCCCACCUGCUGUUCUUGUCAGGUAGGAACUGCUCCGAGGGUGCGGCGCCGGCGGCCAGCCAGCUGCGGGCCGCCUAUGCCGGCGCCGCCCGGCCCGGCCAGUGCGUCCUGGUGGAGGCCGGCGGGGCAGCGCGUCUGUCCCGGAUCGUCGGGGUCAGUGUGACAACGAGCCGGGGGGCGUUCGCCCCGCUGACCCGGCAGGGAACCAUCAUGGUGGACGGCGUGGCAGCAUCCUGCUACGCGGCGGUGGACGGCCACCGGCUGGCCCACCAGGCCUUCGCCCCGCUCCGCCUCCUGCACCGCUGGACUGGGAGCGCUGGGCACCACGGCAACAGCCUGCACUGGUACUCACGGAUCUUACUCUGGCUGGGCCGGGCGAUUCUGGACCCGGGGCGCCUCCAUCCGCUGGGCAUCGCUCAGGGCGACAUGUGAGAGAAAAGAAACAAACUGGUGGUUCACAAACCGGCAUCAGACCGAGACGGACUUCGUGCUGGACUGGCAUCAAACAUGAAGUACCACCAGCAAACAGGAAGUACCAGCAACAAACAGGAAAUACCAACAACAAACAAGAAGUUCCAGCAACAAACAGGAAGUACCAGGAACAAAUAGGAAGUAAGAGGAACUUUUUCUGGAGCGGCAGACAUUAAACGCACUGUGAAGCAGAAAUCCAGAUGUAACCGUUGUCCUGACCAGAUUGUCUCCAUAAAUUCGUUAUGAUAAGUCGUCCCAGGAGUUAUUGCGAUAAAUGAUAAUAUUGUUACUUUCAGAUAAUUUUUCAGUCAUUUAUUGAUAACGGCAUCAUAACGCAUGUUCGCCCUCUAAAGGACUAACACUCAAAUUAUGUAAAGAAGAGUUAACUCUAGAACUAAAAAAUAUUCUGAACAUCCAACAUUAAACAGAAAUAAAAACCACAAACAACUGAAACCAGAAAUAAAAUUCAUUAUUCAUAAUCUUCAAUCUAAAUUUACCUUCACAAGAUAUUAUUCAUUAGAAUUGAAAUUAUGGAGUUCAUUUAAAUUUAUCAGGCGAUUUUUUAUGACACGCUGUCAUACAAUCAGUCAGAUGCUUUUUGAGUUGCGUUGUAACACAGACUGCUACAGGAGCGACCGGGCUGGCUAUAGAAACCAGGAUGAGUUCCAACGUUUCAUUUUCUUCUGGGAUCAACAAAGUUUUUUAAUUAUGAAGUGAUUCAUUAUUUAAACACAAGAAUUAUUUAUGUUUGUGUAUAUUGUGUAAAUUAGCUAAACCAGUAUUAGCUGGUAUGAUCCUGGCCACCAGGUGGCAGCAAAAUGAUUCAAUUGUCCCGUUUUAAUCCACAUUAAGAUACUUUAUUUUAACCCACACAGGGUU